AUGGGGCCCAUGGUCUCCAUAAACGCCUUGAAGGUGCUGCACCUGCGAAACCUGCCAUGGGAAUGUAGUGAAGAAGAGCUAAUCGAGCUAUGCAACCCUUUCGGAAAGGUCGUGAAUACCAAGUGCAACGCCGGCUCUUACCGCAACCAAGCCUUCAUAGAGUUUGUGGACCUUAGUCAAGCAAUUAAUAUGGUCAACUAUUAUGCUUCAUCUUCUGAGCCUGCACAUGUACGUGGAAAAACUGUUUACAUUCAGUAUUCAAACAGACAUGAAAUUGUUAACAAUAAGAGUCCUGGAGAUGUUCCAGGCAAUGACCUGCUGGUUAUUAUGAUCGAGGGUGUUGAAGCUGGAGAUGUCAGCAUCCAUGUCAUUCACUUGAUGGUACAACAGGCUGUAGCUAAAGAGCCUUUAGAAGGUCACUGCAUAUAUGAUGGUGGCUAUUGUAAGCUUCAUCUUACAUACUCUCGUCAUACUGAUCUCAAUGCAAAGCCUUACAGUGAAAGGAGUCGAGAUUAUACAAUUCCAGAUUCAGGAUUGCUUGGUCUGCAGCAAGCUAGCCUCACUGGUGCAGCAACAGUUUGGCAAAAUUCUCAGGCUGCUUCACUGCUAGCUGGGAAUGGGUUUGGCAGGGGUGGUGCAGCGCAGGCUCAAUCAUGUAUUGAACAGGUGUCCUCUUGGGAUCCAAUCAUGUAUUUCAGCCUGUGCAUCAACUGAGCGUGCUGCCUGGAGGUGUUUAUCCUCAUGGUCACCCUUCUUACCCUCGUCGGUAAUGUUAUACUUUGGUGAAAGUAAGUCUUUUGUCCUCUGUGCUUUUAAAGCAACAUAGAAACUUUGUAUCUGGACCCAAUAUGCAGCAUACUCUCUUUGGUUUCUUUUUCUUCACUUUUUAAUGGAUACUGCCUCUUCACUGUAAUAAACACUUGUGCCGUAUCAUGAGCUUUUGGUUCUUUCAA